AUGUCAUAUGAUAAUGAUGAGAGGGAUGGUGUUUUUUUUUUCUGUUUCCAGCCUCAAAAGACCCAGCCAACAACAAAUUCCCAUGCUUUUGACUUAUUUUUAGCUUUUCCUACUACCCGCCGUGACUCGACCUUCCGUCACUUCGCCCUCUCUGCUUAUCCCUUCCAUGAAAACUCUGUCGCACUAUCUUUUUCUCCUUCCUUAUAUUUUUAUUCAUUAACUCAACCAUCUUCCACCAUUUUGCAACAUCAUAGCUUCACUCUCAUACUCAUCUUCGAUCCGCUCAAUUGCGGCUUUGCCUCAUCUAAAUCAUCUGCGAGUCGUUCUUCUCCUCACUACCGGUACCAUCUUCAUCGGACUACCACCAACUUCGUCUAA